AUGGGGAUUCGCAUUCCUCCGUCGUCGUCCGCCUCAUCACGGCGGACAAGUACGAAACGACAGGCUCCCCUCCUCCUCCUCCUCGCCGCCUCGGCCUCGACCAUCACCGCCUCGCCGUACCCCAGAGGCGACAUCCUCCACGACAGCCGCUACGCCUACCUCGUCGGGCGGACCUGCGCCAGCGUCUGCGGCGACAGCGGGCAGUACUGCUGCGGCAGCAACGAGCACUGCACGACGCUGCCCAACAACGUCGCGACGUGCCUCGCCAGCGGCGCCGUCGCCUCGCCGCUCUACACCACCACCUGGACCGAGACGCGCACCUACACCAGCACCAUCCUCACCUGGUUCGUGCCGCCGCCCGCGCCCACCGCCGGCGUCGCCUGCGUGCCCCAGCGCCCCGAGUGGGCCGCCUGCGGCGAGAUUUGCUGCGCCGGCUGGCAGACGUGCGCCUGGCAGGGGCAGUGCUCCGCCAAGCCCGGCUACGGCGAGCCCACCACCGUCAUCGUCACCUCCAACGGCGUCGUCACCACCCAGUACUCGGCCCCGUAUCGCGUCACCGGCACCACCACCAUUACCGGCACCGGCAUCCGCACCACCGACCCGGGCCUCACCACCGGCACCGCCACCCCGACCUCGUCCUCCACCAGCAGCAGCCGCACCCCCACCAGCACCCAGGACCCCGACGGCGCUGGCGGUGCCUCCCCCGGCACCGCCAACAACAAGCUGAGCGGCGGCGCCAUUGCCGGCAUCGUCAUCGGCUCGCUCGCCGCCGCCGGCCUGCUCAUCCUGCUCUGCUUCUGCUGCAUCGCCCGCGGCCUCUUCCACGCCAUCUUCGGCAAGAAGCGCGACAAGGGCGACCCCUACGACGACCGGAGCGCCUCGGGCCACACCCGCCGCGACCGCCAUUCAGGCUGGUUCGGCGGCGGCGGCGGCCGUCCCUCGUCCGUCAGCGACCGCCGCAGCGAGAAGAAGUCGAGCAGCGGCGCCAAGUGGCUCGGCAUCGCCAGCGGUGCCGCCACCCUGCUGGCCCUGCUCAACAUGAAGAAAAAGGACAAGAAGGAGCCCUCGCGCAAGGGCUCAUCGCGCUACAACGACUCCUACUCCUACUACAGCUACUCCGACUACACCGGCACCAGCAGCGCGAGCUCCGGCCGCAGAGGAGCCCGCACCGCCCGCACCGCCCGUACCGCUCGCACCGCGCGGUCCGCCCGCUCGAGGACUAGCCGUGACAGUCGCAGCCGCAUGGACAGCCGCAGUCGGAUGGACAGUCGGAGCCGCGUUGGCGAGCGCAGUCGGGUCGAGAGCCGCAUGGGCAUGCCGAGAUCGGCUUACACGGCCAGAUCUGCCUCUCAACAUGAGUAG